UACUUUUUUGACUCAAUACAGGAGAAAAUAGCAGAGCUGCAAAACGAGCUUAUACAUUACACCAGGCAGUACACGUGCAGAUUGGAUCAAUUGAAUAUGAUGAUGACGGAAAAGGAGAAGACUGAAGCACAGUUAAAUAUUCAACAGAAAAAAAUGGGAGCAGAAAUUCAGAAACAGAAAGUUAAAUUGUUGGAGAAACGGGAGCAGAUUCAGCUGGUGGAGAAGCAAGCGCAAGAAAUCAAAGACCUGAAAGACGAAAUAAGUCUGCUAACGCGAAAGGGAGGUCACAUUCUCCCUCCUGCCCAACCACCUUUACCACAGUGAACUAUGCACCAUCUUUAGUAUAACUUCCUCUCUAUUUCUAAUAGGGUGAAUUUUGUUUUGCUUCAAAUAGAUGUGAUUUUAUUCUGGCCUGAAAUGGAUGCAAUCAUCAUAUUCAUUGUGCGCCAAAAUUAGUUGUUUUGUUAUUAAUUAAAAGAUGGGCAUUCCUUUCAAAGAUGUUCAACGUUCACACAACUGCACUUCAAGAGAAGCAUAGGUGGCUGUUUCAGCUGUAUAGUUAGAAACUGUCCAGGUGAGAGAGUAAUGUUGGAAAUAGUAGCACGUUUUCUAUUCGGUGCCUAAAAUGUUUUUGACACCCCCUAAAACA